AAGACACGCUCGGUUGCGUUAAAACAUCAUUUAGAUUUUGAAUGAGUAUUCAUACGUUUAAACGAGUUUAUAAAGUGUGUUUAUACAAUGGACAUUGUUUAUGGCUACUCUAAUCGCUACUAACGAAUGACAUGACUGCUGAUAUGGAUUCCAGUACAAUUAGUGCAAUAAACAUCUCUCAUCAGUUGGAAAAUGAUACAAACCUCACCAAUCCCAACGGCACGAUUACCGGAUGUCCGAACAGCGUGCACUGACAUCGAACUCGACAAAACCUACAGACUCUUGAUUCUAUACGCGACCGUAUGUCUCUGUAUUUUCGGAAGCAUGCUUGUCCUUCUGUGGAUGCUUCUGAAUAAACGCGUUUCCACCAACUACAAGAUCAAUCGUCAUUCUCGCGUGAGCAUUUUCAUACUUAACCUUAUCGUAGCGGAUGUUUUGGUCAUCCUUCUAGCAGUUACCCCGCAAAUUGUCUGGGAAUACUCGGAUCGGCAAUGGACAGCCGGGGACUGCCUGUGUCGCGUUCUAAAGUUCCUUCAGACAUUCUCAAUGACAGCAAGUAAUUACAUGCUUGUCGUCAUAGCAAUAGACCGUCAUCAAGCCAUUAGGGCGCCGCUUAAGGAGUCGUUUUCUAUAUGGAAAAUGGUGGGAUUGGGAUGGUCGAUAGCGGCUCUCGUGUCCCUCCCGGUCGCCGGAAUAUUUCACACAAACGCCGACCCGGAUGGCGGUGUCAGAUGUGAAAAUAUAUUUCGAUACAGACCACUUUGGCAUCGUCAGAUCUGGAUAUGCUGGGUCACAUUCUCUGUAUUUCUACUUCCAGUUUUGAUUCUUCUCAUCUCAUACAUUCGCAUUGUCCAGGAGAUAUCUAAAAAGGCAUUCCAAAGCAACAGUUUAAAGUAUAAGCCAAGAAAAGGCGAGUUCUGUUUACAGAGUACGCCUUCAAACUCAUUACCUCAGGCGAAAUCUAAAACAUUAAAGAUGACGUGUGUAAUUAUUCUGUCUUUUAUUAUUUGUACGACGCCUUAUUUUAUCAUAGAGAAUCUUUUGUCAUUUGGAAUGCACUGCGUUAUUUCGAAAAAGGUGUAUGCCAUUUUGGCUGGAAUGGCCGCGUGCAAUUCUGCGACGAAUCCGUAUGUGUUUCUUGCCUUUAACGUAAAUAUAGGCUGGUUCAAGCGACUGAAAAACUGUUACUCACAUGACCGUCAAACAGGCAGACAGUGUAACGAUUACCAUAAUGGUUCUUCCAACGUCCAUUCACAUCACGGAGCAAGACACAGCAAAACUAUAGCAUUUUUGCGACAAGACACGAAUGACUCCAAUCACGGGGCGGACACGGAACUUUGGACGAAACAAUGGGCAGUGUCGAGCGCAAUUACGUGCAACAAAACUAAGAGUAUCUCAAUGUGAAGGAGUCAUCCAUCAAACUACAGAGAGGGGACAAUCAAUUCAAUCAUUAUCAAGAAAAACAUUUAUUAUGUUUGUAUGACCAUUGAUAUGUAGAAUUAAUAUGUUCUAAAGCAGCGGCAAAAAGUCCUUUUACAUUGAAAGCGAAUAUAGAUCCUUUAUAUACAGACGAAUACUGUGAAAAACAUCGAACACUUAGCAAAGACCAAUGUUAAUUCAAUUGUUCUGUGGUAAAAAGAGCACCGAUUAGAAAACAAUUAAUCUAUGUUUCAAAAAUAGGGCAUAACAGUGACAGAAAACAGUCAAUCAUCUUGAUGUUUCCCUGACUCAUUAUUUUAACGCAAAUGUAAAUCUUGCAACAUGUAACCAUACGGCUAAUAAGCAUUUCAAGAGAACACGUUUAGUUUUUUGGUAAAUAAUUGACUUGAUUGUCAACCGUGAUGACAGAAAAUCAAUACUUUCCCUCUUGUCUGUACCAUUUAUAAAACUGUCUGUUUUAAAUUUGUGAAUUUAAAACGAUA